AAAGUCGGCACGGCUCUUGUUUUGUAUCGAUGCACAAUUUCACUGUUAUUUGAAAGCGACCAUCUUUAUGCUGCUACAGCAAAAGCUCGGAAAGUGGGGGAACAGAGAUCUAAAAAAGCAUUGCUGUUUUCUUCUACUCACACCAUGCACACAAUUCUCCACGCAUGUCAAUUAUUCAUAGGAUACGUUCUUAUGUUAAUUUUUAUGACAUACAAUGUUUAUCUGUGUAUCGCAGUAAUUAUCGGCGCAACUUUAGGUUAUUGGCUGUUUUCUUAUAAUAAGUCGAACAGUGAGAAUACCGAGUGCUGUUUGUAAAUUCUGAAAUGUUAUUCUGACAAAAUUGUGUUUGUGAAAACAGCUUUAAAUUCCACUUAGAAAAGUAUGGAUUUAUGUAGCUUAUGAUUAGAGUAAGGGACUUUGUGUGCAACAGUAUAUUCGAAUAUAUACAAAGUAUAUUCGAAAUAUAUCUGGAGUAAAUGCAAGAUAGUAUAUACUUACCUUUAUGAAAAUUAUAAACUUGAUAUUAUUUUAUUUUGUCAAUAUUCACGGAACACUAAAUGUCUCAUGUAACCUGAAAACUACAGGUUGUUCUAUAAUGCUAAUCAUUUGUUACACCUUACUAUUAAAGUAUUACAACAAGUAUAUCAUCAUUAAACCUUU